CCCGGCGCCUAUUUAAGCCGCCUUUCCCUUCCCCGUCUAACGUUUCCGUCUCCCCCGGCCUCGCACUCACUUUGACACCGCUCGCUCUCGCUUGCUCGCGCGCCUUCGUCGUCGUCCUCUCCCCUCUCUCACCUGUCAGCUCUCGGGAGUCAUCACACCGGUCAGCUCUCGGACACCCUAGCAGCAGCUGCGUGCGCGACCGCGAGGAGGGCCUACGAGGCGACGGCUCCAACUCCAUCGUGCUGCUAGCUCAUCAUCAUCAUCAUGCUAGAGAACCAAAAGCAAGCGGAGGUUCUCUGGCCCAGGCUGGUGGCCAACAAGCUCUUCCGGAAGCCCUCCGGCAGCCACGCCUUCGUCGCCGACUUCCCCGCCGCCGACUUCCCCGUCGCCGAUGACGACGGCGCUGAGUUCAGCGACGGCGGGUGCAGCCCCGACGCGGACGCCAGCCGCUGCGUCAAGCGCCCGCGGCCGCAGGAGCGGAGCAAGACACUUAAGUACAAGCUGUUCGCGAGCACGUGGAACGUGGGUGGCGUGGCGCCGCCGGACGACCUGGACCUGUCGGAGUGGCUGGACGCCGGCGACGGGCCCUACGACGUGUACGUGCUCGGGUUCCAGGAGGUGGUGCCGCUGCGCGCGCGCAACGUGCUGGGCGCGGACAAGACCCGCGUCGGGAUGCGCUGGAUCGAGCUCAUCCGCGCCGCGCUCAACCGGUCCUCGCAGCGAGUGGGAGCCGGCGGCGGCGGAGAUAGCGGGAGGCAGAAGGUGCACCCGGUGCGCGACGGCGGUGCCAGCGCCGGCGAGGAGCUGGCGCGUGAGUACCGGUGCGUGGUGAGCAAGCAGAUGGUGGGCAUCCUGCUGACGGUGUGGGUGCGCGCCGACCUCCGCCGCUUCGUCCGCCGCGCCAGCGUCUCCUGCGUGGGGUGCGGCGUCAUGGGGUGCCUCGGCAACAAGGGCGCCGUGUCCGUCCGGUUCUGGCUCCACGACACCAGCUUCUGCGCCGUGUGCUGCCACCUCGCGUCGGGCGGCCGCGACGGCGACGAGGCGCACCGCAACGCCGACGCCACGGAGAUCCUCGCCCGGACGACCUUCCCCCGGGGGCACGCCCUCAACUUGCCCCACAAGAUUCUAGACCACGACCGGGUGAUCCUGCUGGGGGACCUCAACUACAGGAUCUCGCUGCCGGAGGCCAAGACGCGGCUGCUGGUGGAGCGCCGGGACUGGAAGACGCUGCUGGAGAACGACCAGCUGCGCGCCGAGGUGUCGCGGGCCGGCGGCGCGUUCCGGGGCUGGAGCGAGGGCGACAUCGCCUUCUCCCCCACCUACAAGUACUACCCGAACUCCGACACCUACUACGGCUGCGGCGCCGGCGGAGGCGGCAGGAAUAAGAGCGAGAAGCGGCGCGCGCCGGCGUGGUGCGACCGCAUCCUGUGGCACGGGGCCGGGCUCUGGCAGACGCGAUACGACCGCUGCGAGUCCCGGCUGUCGGACCACCGCCCCGUCCGCGCCGUCUUCGCGGUCGAGGUGGACGCGCCCAGGAACCUCAACUCGCUCAGGAGCUUCUUCAUGUCCGAGAGGUUCGACACGGCCAGGACUAGCCCCGCCGCCGACCGGCUGCUCCGCAAGGACCACGCCAGCAGCGCCAGAUUCGCAGAGACUCUCUGACACAGGCCGCCGGUCCUGCGUCGACGACGGAAUUGUCAUUCCAAUUGUAUACAGAGGCAAAAGAGAGUGUAUAUAUGAAUAUGAUUAUUCAGUUCUGAUCGAUGGUUCAUAUGAUCGUAUCGUAUCUACAGGUAGCUAGGAUACAGAGAUGUUUUUUUACACCCUGUUCCUGACUUUCUGUAACUGCGUCUGUACCCUUGAUCCAGUGAGUAUUCAGUUGUCUCGAAUUUUGUACCAUGGAAGUUUGUGGCCUUAGGCCCCGUUUGGAUCCGAUUAUGGAUUCUGGAAAUCUGGAUUUUGAAUG